AUAAUGAGGGCCAGAAUGACUUCUCUUCCUCUGAUCUUUCUGCUCAUGAUUCGCGGGGUUUCUAGUGCUGAUUGGGGUGUGAGUUACAGUCCGACACACAUCUGUGCACUAAAGGACUCAACAGUGAUAAUGAACUGCACUUAUACAUACCCUACUGGAUAUAAGAUCGAGAAAGUGUUCUGGACCAAAGGCCCUGGAUCGGGUGUUGAGCUUCCAGAUCUGUCUAAUGACCCUGAAUACAGUCAGAGGCUUCAGUAUCUGGGAGAUAAACAGCAGGACUGCACCGUCAGACUGAGUCAUGUGACACUGAAGGAUUCACGCAAGUACUAUUUCAGAUUCAUCACUGAUAAACCUGAUGGAACAUGGACUGGUGCUCCAGGAGUGACUCUUACUGUCACAGAUCUUCAGGUGGAGUCUCCUGAGAGAGUGACAGAGGGAGAUUCAGUCAGUCUGACAUGUAAAAGCAGCUGCGCUCUGACUGACAGAGCAACAUUCAUCUGGUACAGAAACUCACUGAAGAUAUUAACUGAGAGUAAAUUCAGGAACACACUCAUCCUCAAUCCAGUCAGAAGAGAGGAUUCAGGCAGAUAUAGCUGUGCUGUAGACGGACACACACACGUCUCUCCUGAUGUUCACCUCAAUGUCAUGUAUCCUCCCAGGAGCGUCUCAGUGUCCAUCAGUCCAUCUGGUGUAAUAGUGGAGGGAGAUUCAGUGACUCUGAAGUGCAUCAGUGACUCAAACCCUCCUGCUCUGAUCUUCAGCUGGUUUAAAGGAGGAACGAUUGUAGAAUUUGGAAGAAUCUUCAUCAUCUCAAAGAUCAGAUCUGAUGACAGUGGAGAAUACAAGUGCAGUUCAUUCAAUAGACAUGGAGAGAAAUACUCUGAUACUGUGACUUUAAACGUCAUGUAUUCUCCCAGGAGCGUCUCAGUGUCCAUCAGUCCAUCUGGUGUAAUAGUGGAGGGAGAUUCAGUGACUCUGAAGUGCAUCAGUGACUCAAACCCUCCUGCAGAAAUCCACUGGUUUAAAGGAGGAACGAUUGUAGGAUCUGGAAGAAUCUUCAACAUCUCAAAGAUCAGAUCUGAUGACAGUGGAGAAUACAAGUGCAAGUCCUUCAAUAAACAUGGAGAGAAAAACUCUGAUACUGUGACUUUAAAUGUCAUGUAUCCUCCAAAGAGCGUCUCAGUGUCCAUCAGUCCAUCUGGUGUAAUAGUGGAGGGAGAUUCAGUGACUCUGAAGUGCAUCAGUGACUCAAACCCUCCUGCAGGAAUCCGCUGGUUUAAAGGAGGAACGAUUGUAGGAUCUGGAAGAAUCUUCAGCAUCUCAAAGAUCAGAUCUGAUGACAGUGGAGAAUACAAGUGCAAGUCCAUCAAUAAACAUGGAGAGAAAUACUCUGAUACUGUGACUUUAAACGUCAUGUAUCCUCCAAAGAGCGUCUCAGUGUCCAUCAGUCCAUCUGGUGUAAUAGUGGAGGAAGAUUCAGUGACUCUGAACUGCAUCAGUGACUCAAAUCCUCCUGCUCUGAACUUCAGCUGGUUUAAAGGAGGAACGAUUGUAGGAUCUGCAAGAAUCUUCAACAUCUCAAAGAUCAGAUCUGAUGACAGUGGAGAAUACAAGUGCAAGUCCAUCAAUGAACAUGGAGAGAAAUACUCUGAUACUGUGACUUUAAACGUCAUGUAUCCUCCAAAGAGCGUCUCGGUGUCCAUCAUCAGUCCAUCUGGUGUAAUAGUGGAGGGAGAUUCAGUGACUCUGAACUGCAUCAGUGACUCAAACCCUCCUGCAGGAAUCCGCUGGUUUAAAGGAGGAACGAUUGUAGGAUCUGGAAGAAUCUUCAACAUCUCAAAGAUCAGAUCUGAUGACAGUGAAAAAUACAAGUGCAGGUCCUUCAAUAAACAUGGAGAGAAAUACUCUGAUACUGUGACUUUAAACAUAAUGUAUCCUCCCAGGAACGUCUCAGUGUCCAUCAUUCAGUCUGGUCAGAUCUGGGCAGGAGAUUCAGUGACUCUGAAGUGCAUCAGUGACUCAAACCCUCCUGCUGUGAACUUCAGCUGGUUUAAGGAGAAUGAAAGCUCAGCUGUUGGAUCUGGACAGAGUUUCAGUGCACUACAGAGUGGACGCUUCUACUGUCAGGCUCACAAUCAACAUGGAUCUCAGAGAUCAGACGCUGUAACUGUCACAGUUCAUCAUGUUGCUGGUAGGAAUGUGAUUGUGAUCACAGCGACAUCUGGAGGAGUAUUCAUCAUCAUCAUCAUCAUCUUCAUCAUCCUGUUAAUUACGAGAAAAAUAAUUAACAGACAAUCUGCAGUACACAAAAGUGAGGACGAUGAUCCAGGCUCAUAUGCAGCUCUUGACCUCAAGACCAGAUCAUCUGACGUCUACGACACACUCGCAACUGUCCAUCCCAGACCUGAUGUUCAUCAGUCAGACUCUUCUGAAUAAGCCAGAAAUCCUCAGGUCUUCUCCAUAUCACCAUGGAAGUAAAAUAAUGUCAAAUGUUUUUGAAACAUAAAGGAUGUUGAAUUGCACCAAUUGAAAAAAA